AAUGCUCCGGUGUGUGUGUGUGUGUGGAAUGGGUUCAACAAUGCGGGUGAGCUGAGUCUCACAGCGAUUCCUGUACUCACAUACCACCGCUCUCCUUCAUGUGUAUUUUUAUUUAGUUCACAGCCAAGCUUAGAUAUUACAUUGAGGUAUAUAAAACAAAUGACCAGAUGUCCUUUUGAAAACAAAAUAACAACGCGAUCCGGAGAAUCUGGUGAUGCUGCCAACAGAAGCCAAAGUAAUGUGAGGUGAGGUGGUGGAGGAAGAGAACAAGAUUAUCUAUUGCUUUUUACUGUGGCUGUGAGCAGUGAAAACAUAGCUGGACUGCCAAUUCAAGAUGCUAAGAACCACUGAUGGGGACAACCGGCUUGACAGGAAUCUGCUAUGGUCUUUGGAGACCCUUCAUCACCAUGGUAGUGGCAUCUCCAGUGCAAACAGAGCUGAAGAUGAAAACUGACUGAUUUGGAUUGGUUUGACAUUCUUGAGAGGGGAGAGAGACAUUUUAAGAAACGAAGAAAGAAAAUGAAAUUUCCAUUCUAUUGGUAAAUUAUAAACAUCUUAUGGGAAAUAUCUGAAUAAAAAUACACGAUGCCCUUUUGCUCAGUGAGCGAGAUGAGAUUUCUCUAUCAUGGCUUCUGAUCAAACGUGAUUGUGAGAGGGUUUCAUCUCCCCUCUCCCUAUUUUUUUUUAAUUUAAACACCUUCCCUCCCCCCCCCCCCAACUCUUGCCAGUUUAUAACAUGCUACGGAACGGAAGUGUUGGUAAUGUAGGGCAACCAUGCAUGCUACGAUGGUCCAAUCGCAUCCGGUUAACCUGGCUCAGCUUCACCCUCUUUGUCAUCCUGGUUUUCUUCCCGCUGAUUGCCCACUAUUACUUGACUACCAUUGACAACCUCGACGACUCAGGCCCGCGCAUUUUCGAGCCACGUUCCGGCAAUGCCCUAUGCGAAGUCAAGCAUGUCCAGGACCUGUGCCGCAUCCGGGAGUCGGUCAGCGAGGAGCUGCUCCAGCUCGAGGCCAAACGGCAGGAGCUCAACAGCGAGAUCGCCAAACUCAAUCUGAAGAUUGAGUCAUGCAAGAAGAGCAUCGAGAAUGCCAAGCAGGACCUGCUUCAGCUCAAGAACGUCAUCAGCCAAACUGAGCACUCAUACAAGGAGCUGGUGGCGCAGAACCAGCCCAAGCUCUCGCUGCCAAUCCGCCUCUUGCCAGAGAAAGAUGAGACCACCUUCCCAUUGCCAAAGUCCCCCAACAGCUGUCGCUUGCAUUCCUGUUUUGAUUACUCUCGGUGCCCACUAACGUCCGGAUUUCCUGUUUAUAUCUAUCCGCUGGACCAGUACCAAUUCAGUAGUCUUAUUGAUCCGCUAAUUAAGCAGGCAUUCCAGGCGACUGCUCGGACUAACGUUUAUGUUACAGACAACCCCAAUGUUGCCUGUGUCUACGUGGUCCUGGUUGGGGAACUACAAGAUUCAUCAGGCUUGAAGUCCACUGAAGUUGAAAGCCAGUUACACUCACUCCCUUACUGGCGAUCUGAUGGACAUAACCAUCUCCUCAUCAACCUAUCCAGAAGGUCCCAGACCCAGAACCUGCUCUAUAAUGUCAGUACAGGCAGGGCUAUGAUUGCCCAGUCCAUUUUCUACGAUGUUCAGUAUCGGCCUGACUUCGAUCUCAUCCCAUCGCCAUUGAUCCAUGCCAUGUCCGAGCCUAACUUCCUGGAAAUUCCUCCCCAAGUUCCUGUCAAGAGGAAGUAUCUCUUCAGCUUCCAAGGAGAGAAACUUGAAUCACUUAUGUCCAGUCUGCAGGAGGCUCGUUCGUUUGAGGAAGAGAUGGAGGGAAAUGCUCCAGCAGAUUAUGAUGAUCGGAUCAUCACCACCUUGAAGGCGGUUCAGGACAGCAAGUUGGACUUGGUGCUGGUGGAGUUCACUUGCAAGAAGCAACCUCGGCCUGCCUUACCAACCGAGUGGGCUCUGUGUGGUGAGAGGGACGACAGGCUAGAGCUGUUGAAAUUGUCCACCUUUGUAUUAAUUAUAACUCCAGGAAAUGUCCACCUGCUUGCUUCUGCUGGUUGUUCCAUGAGGCUUUUUGAGGCUUUGGAGGUCGGGGCCAUUCCAGUAAUCCUUGGGGAACAUGUGCAGUUGCCCUAUCACGACAUGAUACAUUGGAGUGAGGCAGCUCUGGUAGUGCCAAAACCACGCAUCACGGAACUCCACUUCCUCCUGAGAAGCAUCUCGGACAGUGAUCUGCUCAACAUGAGACGCCAGGGCCGCUUUCUGUGGGAGACCUACUUUUCCACCUCAGACAAUGUGUUGAGCACCAUCUUGUCCACUGUGCGGACCCGGAUACAGAUUCCUGCUGCGCCCAUUGCAGAAGAGCCAUCCAAAGAGAUCCCUCACAAGACUGGAAAGGCCGCUGGCACUGACCCUAACGUGGCUGACACCGGAGACUUGGACUUAGGACCUGUGGAGACUGAACCCCCUUAUGCCUCCCCCAAAUACUUGCGGAACUUUACAGUCACCGUCCGGGACACUUACAGGGCAUGGAAUGCUGCCCCCGGACCUUUCCACCUCUUUCCGCACACGCCACUUGACCCCACCUUGCCCUCAGAGGCCAAGUUCCUUGGAUCCGGAACAGGAUUCAGGCCAAUAGGUGGGGGAGCAGGAGGUUCUGGGAAGGAGUUCCAGGCUGCUCUUGGUGGGAAUGUUCCCAGGGAACAGUUUACAGUGGUGAUGUUGACCUAUGAGCGUGAGGAAGUCCUGAUGAACUCUUUAGAGAGACUGAAUGGCCUGCCUUACUUGAAUAAAGUCAUUGUUGUAUGGAACUCUCCCAAGCCGCCAUCUGAGGACCUCGUCUGGCCCGAGAUCGGAGUGCCUAUUGUGGUGGUUCACACAGAGAAGAAUAGUUUAAAUAACCGGUUCCUACCCUGGGACUCGAUUGAAACGGAGGCAAUUCUUUCUAUUGAUGAUGAUGCCCACCUCCGUCAUGAUGAGAUCAUGUUUGGCUUUCGGGUUUGGCGAGAAGCAAGAGAUCGAAUAGUGGGUUUUCCUGGCAGGUAUCAUGCCUGGGAUAUGGCUCACCAGUCCUGGCUCUACAACUCAAAUUACUCCUGCGAACUUUCCAUGGUACUGACGGGUGCUGCCUUCUUUCACAAGUACUACGCGUACCUCUACUCUUAUGUCAUGCCACAGGCUAUUCGAGACAUGGUGGACGAGUACAUUAACUGUGAAGAUAUUGCUAUGAACUUCCUUGUUUCCCAUAUCACCAGGAAGCCACCAAUAAAGGUCACAUCCCGCUGGACCUUCCGAUGCCCAGGCUGCCCCCAGGCAUUAUCGCACGAUGACUCCCACUUCCACGAGAGGCACAAGUGCAUCAAUUUCUUCGUGAAGGUCUACGGGUACAUGCCGCUGCUCUAUACCCAGUUCCGUGUGGACUCUGUGCUGUUCAAAACGCGCCUGCCACAUGACAAGACCAAAUGCUUCAAAUUUAUCUGAAGAAGCUCACCACCCAGGGAGGGAGAGGACAAGCAACAUCAUGGAAGCCUGCUGAGGCUCCAGAUACACCACCACAAACCCAAGGGGGGAAAGAAGUGGGGAAGGUUCACCACAUUCUGUCUAUCCACAACCUGAUUUCAUGCUUAGCUGGUUUUGUAUUUAAUAAUAAGACUUGGUAUGUGUAAGCUGAUUAAAAAUGACAAGCCACUCAGUGGAAAUCAUGGUGCAUGAACUUGCCCCAAAUCAUGGUCUGGUUUGCAUUUUUGUGAACAGAUUUGUAAUCACAGAGGAAACUGAGAUUACAUAAACCAAAUUGUAGAUCAGUGGAAAGAAGUCUGCAUAUUCACCGAAUGCCAAUCUCACUCUGGCCAAAUCUGAUGUCUUGCUCUUUCUCUGGUGUAUUUUUUUGUUCUGUUCAAUAUGAGACAAUGUUUAUCAGGAAUCGGCUGAAGUGCCACGUGGGGAGUAGGAAAUGUGUAAAUUGUAUCGUCAUUUCCAUCAUUUCUCUCAGCCCCAUUUACAUUAUUAAACGUGAGCAGCUCCACUACGUCCACAGGUGGUAUGAUAAUGAAGUCAUUUCAUGGCUGCCCAGACAGUACAAUGUUUCUCUAAAAGAUAUUAAACUUUGGAUUUUAUUUACAAA